AUGUCUUUCUCCCGCCUCCUGACUCCCAGGAUUCUCCUGGACAACGCCGGCGCGUUCCCGCCAAGCGGCGUCGCCGUCGCUGCCCCGUCGCUCUCGCGCCAGCUGGUGCGGCGCACGCGCACGGGAGGAUCGGCGCCGCCGCCGCACAGGCGCGUGGCGCUGCGGGUGACGAGCAAUGUCAGCGCGGCGCCGGCGGCGGAGGCGGCUGUGUACGGGGGCGGCGGCGGGGCCCAGAAGGCUCCGGCGGCGGCGCGGCGCGUGACGCUGGCGACACUCCGCGGGAAGCACCGGCGCGGGGAGCCGAUCAGCAUGGUGACCGCGUACGACUACCCCUCCGGGGUGCAAGUCGACACCGCGGGGUUCGACAUCUGCCUCGUCGGCGACUCCGCCGCCAUGGUCUCCCACGGCCACGACAACACCAUCCCCAUCUCGCUCGACCUCAUGGUCGAGCACUGCCGCGCCGUGGUGCGCGGCACGUCUCGGACGUUCCUCGUCGGCGACCUCCCGUUCGGCAGCUACGAGUCCUCCCCUGCACAGGCUGUCAGCUCGGCGGUGAGGGUGAUGAAAGAAGGCGGCGUGGACUCGGUGAAGCUGGAAGGGAGCGCGCCGUCGAGGAUCAGCGCGGCGAAGGCCAUCGUGGAGGCUGGGAUCGCCGUGAUGGGGCACAUCGGCCUCACGCCGCAGUCCGUCAGCGCGCUCGGCGGGUUCCGGCCGCAGGGGAGGACGGUCGAGAGCGCCGUCAAGGUCGUGGAGGCGGCGCUCGCGUUGCAGGAGGCCGGCUGCUUCGCCGUCGUGCUUGAGUGCGUGCCGGCUCCGGUGGCGGCGGCCGUGACGUCGGCGCUGCAGAUCCCGACCAUUGGCAUCGGGGCCGGGCCGUUCUGCAGUGGGCAGGUCUUAGUCUACCAUGACCUGUUAGGGAUGUUCCAACACCCACUUCAUGCCAAGGUUGCACCAAAAUUCUGCAAACAGUAUGGCAACAUAGGGGAGGCCAUUAACAGAGCUCUGUGCGAGUACAAGCAAGAGGUGGAAACAAGCUCUUUUCCGGGUCCUAGCCACACGCCCUACAGGUUACCUGCAACAGAUGUUGAUGCCUUCCUGAAUGAGCUACUGAAGAAAGGUCUGAAUGUGGCAGCCGAUGCUGCCGCUGCUGCAGUCGAAAAUGCAGAGAAAGAGAUGAAUGGAAAUGGAACGCGCAGCUAAACGAGGUCUAUGCUUGAUUGCUUCCCGGCAACGAUGAAUAGCAAUAAAUUUGAUUUAUGGGGCGGAAAAGGAAGCAAUGAUUUGGUCGAUUUGUGAAAAUAAAAGGUGAUUCUGAAGAGUGAAGAUCCAUUAUAUUUAGUGUUAUCUGAUACUUCUUCAGAGGUAUAGUGUGAGUGUUAUAUGCGUGAUUGAUAAGUGCGCACAGCCUA